UCUCCAUUCAGAGCUGCACGCACUCAAACUCGCGGGCCCUGGAUCAGUCUGCAGGAGUCUCCAGCUUCAUCGAACACUAUUCUGGACUAAAUGCUUCAUCACUAAGAGAAAACACUAAACCCAAGCGCUUUCUCUUCUGCUCCUGAAACGCCGCAGGUCUGCAGUUUAGACAUGAUCCUGUCGGCGGAUUCUAGGACUUUACUGCUAUUUGUGGCAACACUAGUCGCAUUUUUGGCCGUUGUCAAGUGCCAAGAGGAGGAUGACCCAGAUCCAGGCAGCUGCACGCAGGACGGACAGUUCUAUAGGGACAAGGACGUGUGGAAACCAGAGCCGUGCCGCAUCUGUGUUUGUGACACCGGCGCGGUCCUGUGCGACGAGAUCAUCUGCGAGGAGCUGAAAGACUGUCCCAAACCCGAGAUCCCGUUUGGGGAGUGCUGUCCAGUCUGUGCCGCUGACCAGCCGCCCUCCACUGGCUUGCCAGGUGCUAAGGGACAGAAGGGGGAACCAGGAGACAUAACAGAUGUGGUGGGACCGAGGGGACCAGCCGGUCCUAUGGGACCCCCAGGAGAACAAGGGCCACGAGGAGACAGAGGAGAGAAGGGGGAGAAGGGAAGUCCAGGGCCCCGUGGCAGAGAUGGUGAGCCGGGGACCCCUGGAAACCCGGGCCCUCCUGGACCGCCUGGACCAAACGGACCUCCAGGCCUCGGUGGGAACUUUGCUUCUCAGAUGGCUGGUGGGUUUGAUGACAAAGCUGGAGGAGCACAGAUGGGAGUGAUGCAAGGACCGAUGGGUCCGAUGGGUCCUCGAGGACCACCAGGCCCCAAUGGAGCUCCUGGCCCACAAGGAUUUCAAGGCAACCCUGGAGAAGCCGGAGAGCCCGGAUCAUCCGGCCCAAUGGGUCCUCGUGGUCCCCCGGGUCCCUCAGGAAAACCAGGAGAGGAUGGGGAAGCAGGCAAACCUGGGAAAGCUGGGGAACGUGGACCUCCUGGGCCUCAGGGAGCUCGUGGAUUCCCAGGAACACCAGGUCUACCUGGAAUCAAGGGACACAGAGGUUAUUCAGGUCUUGAUGGUGCUAAAGGAGAGUCUGGAGCCACUGGGGCUAAAGGUGAGGCCGGGUCUCCUGGAGAAAGUGGCGCUCCUGGACCAAUGGGCCCACGUGGUUUACCUGGUGAACGGGGGCGUCCUGGACCAUCCGGAGCUGCUGGUGCUCGUGGGAAUGAUGGCUCGCCCGGCGCUGCUGGUCCUCCGGGUCCAGUCGGUACGUCUGGCUCUCCCGGUUUCCCAGGAUCCCCCGGUACUAAGGGUGAAGCAGGACCUACCGGAGCCAGAGGACCCGAGGGAGCACAAGGACCCCGCGGAGAGUCUGGCGUCCCCGGAUCUGCAGGACCUUCUGGAGUCCCUGGUAACCCCGGGACUGAUGGCCUCCCCGGAGCCAAAGGAUCAGUGGGUGCUCCUGGUAUCGCUGGUGCUGCUGGUUUCCCAGGCCCUCGGGGGCCUCCUGGCCCUCAGGGAGCGACUGGACCUCUGGGGCCCAAGGGACAGUCUGGUGAUCCGGGUCUCGCAGGGUUCAAGGGUGAAGCUGGUCCUAAAGGAGAAAUUGGCAACGCUGGGCCUCAAGGUGCCCCUGGCCCUGCUGGAGAGGAAGGUAAGCGAGGACCCAGAGGAGAGCCGGGUGCUCUUGGACCCGUCGGGCCGCCCGGAGAGAGAGGAGCUCCUGGUAAUCGAGGUUUUCCUGGACAAGAUGGUCUGGCUGGUCCAAAGGGUGCUCCGGGCGAGCGGGGAGCUGCGGGAGUGUCGGGGCCCAAGGGAGCCGGCGGAGAUCCGGGCCGGCCUGGAGAACCGGGUCUGCCUGGUGCACGGGGUCUGACGGGACGCCCGGGCGAUGCUGGUCCACAGGGCAAAGCUGGUCCGUCUGGUGCUGCUGGUGAAGACGGUCGGCCAGGACCCCCGGGCCCUCAGGGUGCUCGUGGUCAGCCGGGAGUCAUGGGCUUCCCUGGACCCAAGGGUGGCAAUGGUGAGGCUGGGAAGUCCGGAGACAAGGGACUCGCUGGAGCUCCUGGUUUGCGUGGUCUGCCGGGGAAAGACGGAGAGACGGGCGCUGCCGGACCCCCUGGACCUGCUGGUCCUGCAGGAGAGAGAGGAGAGCAGGGUCAGCCCGGACCCUCUGGCUUCCAGGGUCUGCCCGGACCCCCUGGCCCCCCUGGUGAAGGAGGUAAACCUGGUGAUCAGGGUGUUCCAGGAGAAGCUGGGGCCGCAGGGGCCACCGGACCACGCGGUGAGCGGGGUUUCCCAGGAGAGAGAGGAGGUGUGGGGCCCCAGGGCCUCCAGGGGCCUCGAGGUCUUCCAGGAACUCCAGGAACUGAUGGGCACAAGGGUGCCGUCGGCCCGGCGGGGACUCCUGGUGCUCAGGGGCCUCCGGGACUGCAGGGGAUGCCUGGAGAGAGAGGGACAUCUGGCAUUCCUGGACCAAAGGGUGACCGAGGUGACAACGGUGAUAAAGGACCUGAAGGAGCUCCUGGGAAGGACGGCGCAAGAGGUUUAACGGGUCCGAUCGGUCCCCCUGGUCCUGCGGGACCCAACGGUGAAAAGGGAGAAUCUGGACCUGCAGGACCGUCUGGAGCUGCUGGUACUCGCGGUGUUCCUGGUGACAGAGGAGAGACUGGUCCUCCUGGUCCUGCUGGUUUCGCUGGUCCUCCUGGUGCAGAUGGACAGCCUGGUCUGAAGGGAGAGCAGGGUGAAGGUGGACAGAAGGGUGAUGCUGGUGCACCGGGCCCUCAGGGGUCUUCUGGAGCUCCAGGUCCUCAGGGACCAACUGGUGUGUCUGGACCAAAAGGGGCUCGCGGUGCUCAAGGACCUCCUGGUGCCACAGGUUUCCCUGGAGCCGCUGGUAGAGUUGGACCUCCUGGUCCCAAUGGUAACCCGGGUCCGGCUGGUGCUGCUGGUCCUCCUGGUAAAGACGGUCCUAAGGGCGUGCGUGGUGACGGUGGUCCUCCUGGAAGACCCGGGGACGCUGGCUUGCGUGGGCCGGCUGGGACUCCUGGAGAGAAGGGAGAUCCUGGAGAAGAUGGGCCUCACGGUCCGGAUGGCCCUGCAGGUCCUCAGGGUCUGGCUGGUCAGCGUGGGAUUGUUGGACUUCCAGGACAGCGUGGUGAAAGAGGUUUCCCCGGCCUGCCUGGACCCUCUGGUGAGCCUGGUAAACAAGGAGCUGCUGGAGGACCUGGAGACCGUGGACCCCCUGGACCUGUGGGAGCGCCGGGUCUGACCGGACCUGCUGGGGAGCCUGGGAGAGAGGGCAAUCCCGGAUCUGAUGGUCCUCCGGGCCGAGACGGUUCUGCAGGAAUAAAGGGUGACCGAGGAGACACUGGACCCACGGGUGCUCCUGGUGCUCCAGGUGGCACUGGCGCUCCCGGUCCAGUCGGACCCACCGGCAAACAGGGAGACCGAGGAGAGGCCGGACCCCAAGGACCUGCUGGCUCUCUGGGGCCUGCUGGAGCUCGAGGAAUGCCUGGCCCACAAGGCCCGCGCGGAGAUAAGGGAGAGGCUGGGGAUUCGGGUGAGAGAGGACAGAAGGGACAUCGAGGAUUCACCGGUCUUCAGGGUCUGCCUGGGCCUCCUGGCCAACCUGGAGACCAAGGAGCUUCUGGACCUGCUGGACCCGGUGGAGCAAGAGGACCCCCAGGCCCCGUUGGUCCAGCUGGAAAAGAUGGAUCCAAUGGUUUGCCUGGACCCAUCGGACCCCCUGGACCUCGCGGUCGUUCUGGAGAGACUGGGCCAGCCGGCCCCCCAGGAAACCCUGGUCCCCCCGGUCUCCCUGGCCCCCCGGGGCCCGGCAUCGAUCUGUCAGCUUUCGCUGGUCUGUCUCAUCCUGAGAAGGGUCCGGACCCCCUGCGGUACAUGAGGGCAGACCAGGCCGCCGAAGGUAACGUCCAGAAUGAUGCAGAGGUGGACGCCAGUCUGAAGUCCCUCAACAAUCAGAUGGAGAACAUCCGCAGUCCUGACGGCUCCAAGAAGAGCCCGGCCCGCACCUGCAGGGACCUGAAGCUCUGCCACCCCGACUGGAAGAGCGGUGAAUACUGGAUUGAUCCUAACCAGGGCUGCACCGUUGAUGCUAUGAAGGUCUUUUGCAACAUGGAGACCGGCGAGACCUGCGUUUAUCCAAAACCUGCCAGUAUCCCACGCAAGAGCUGGUGGACUUCCAAGGGCUCGGAGCGCAAACACGUUUGGUUCGGAGAAGCCAUGAAUGGUGGAUUCCAUUUUGGCUAUGGAGACGACAACCUGGCACCCAACACAGCAAGCAUUCAGAUGACUUUCCUCAGACUGCUGUCCACAGAGGCCUCGCAGAACCUGACCUAUCACUGCAAGAACAGCGUGGCCUACAUGGAUGAGUCCACCGGAAACCUGAAGAAAGCUCUGCUGCUGCAGGGGUCCAAUGAUGUGCAGAUCCGAGCCGAGGGCAACAGCCGCUUCACAUACACUGUUCUGGAGGACGGCUGCAAGAAACACACAGGACAAUGGAGCAAGACGGUCAUCGAGUACAAAUCCCAGAAGACUUCACGCCUGCCCAUUGUGGACAUUGCACCGAUGGAUAUUGGAGGAGCUCAUCAGGAGUUCGGAGUGGACCUGGGUGCCGUCUGUUUCUUGUAAAGACGGAGGAACAGAUGAAACCGGGAUAUGAGAGCGAUAACACACACUCGAGAACGAGGAACAGAGAAAGAAAGAAACUAAAGAACUUGACAUUUUUAAGUGGGUCAUCUUUAUGACUAGAAAAGUGCUUCCGAAAGUAUUUUAGGAUAUGCACUGAUAGGCACAAGCGGUACUCAUCUGUGACUGACCUGCCAUUCCCUGACCCUCGGCACUCUGGGAACAUCUCACAAUCCAACACAACACUACAUGAGGGAGACGCCAGAGAAAAAGACAGGAGCAGAAGUGUGUCUUGGUUUUAUUUAUUUAUUGUUAAGGUGAUAUUUCCCCUGUGCAUUUGAAUCAAGAGCUGUACACCGCUGAGUCCCACACUAAGUAUUUUAGCAUUUUCUUCUAUAAUUAUGGGACUCACACGUUCUACAACAGCCUGAACUUUGACAAUCACAUGCAAGUGUUCGUCUUUCUUAUCACCACAGUGUAUGUAAAUUACUGUGCAUUAAAACAUAAUCAAUGGUGCUAAUCUUGUGAAACAUCCUGCAUUUUUUCCAACGACCAGAUAUAUAAUAGACAUCUAAUUGUUUCUUCGUCUAUAUGUGCUCGUGCAUUAAAGCUAGUUUUUUUCCUCGUUCCCCACAGGCCUGUUAUGUCACGCUUUUCAAUGUACUUUUAACAGAGACCUUCCACAUAUGUGGUCUGUUGCCCACUUUUGAGUUUCUUCUUUUAAGCUACCUCACGCUUUAAAAAAACAUACAGAAAAAGACAAGUCUUGCUAAUUUGUAAAGUUAAACCAGACUGUGCUCUGGUCAGAAUUGAAAAGAUAAAUGUAGUUAUUUUCCCUGCUUUAUGCUACUCUUUAUAAAAUGACUUUAUUGAAUGGCUUGAAGCACAUUUGCUAAAAUGACCUUCCAUUGUCUCGCAUCCUGUCCUCUGAAAACCUAUGUAUGUGAUCGUGGAAAAGCAAAGAGCUGUCGUAUUAUUGUUUUUAUUUUGUUAUGUUUUUAAUGAAUGCAAAUGUUAAAAAUGUACAACUUAGAGAUUGCUUUUAUCCCAUAUCCUCCUUUUGUUUGUUUAGUUUUAGAUGCACUAAAAGGAUAGUACAUCUUUCUUCUGUUAUAUAGUAUUCGGGUUUCAGAGGUGGGUUGAUUUAUUUUGCCUGUUUUGGAAAAUAAAGAAAAAAUAUAGCAUCACAGCUUAAGUAAAACAGUUCAUUUUGACAUCUGUGUACAAAUAAUACAUUGUACAGUAGUGCGGUCUGGUUAGUGUUUUUAUGUUUCGUACAUUUCUACAUUUGUGCUGUUUUUCUAUGACUUUUUACCGUACAAACAACACUUAGAAUCAUUUCUAUUAAAUAAAUAGAGUAAUGUUGGUA